GUGAGUAUACGGCCUUUGCAUUUUGUUCAAACUCGCAUGUUAGGGUGAAAAGCUGUUAGCGUUGUUUCGACCAACUAUUUUACUUUUUUACUUCCAGCCAAGUCUAAACACAAGCUGUAUUAUAAUGGAGCAGAAUAAGUAUGUUGUGUGUGAUGUCUGCAAGGAACAGUUUUCUGAUGUGGCUACAUUCCUAGAGCACAAAAAGAACACUGACACAUUUGUGUGUGGCUUGUGUACUGCAAGAUUUCAUGUGUAUGAAGACUUUAGCUUGCACAAAUCAAACCAUGCAGGCACAGUUGUUGGCCAUGACUCUGAUCAUCCAUCGGUAAAUAUGGACCAGUCUAGCAGCACGAAUGCAGGUGUGGAUGAUGGCCAUCAAUCUGAUACUGAGCUCUCAGUCGUGAUGUGUAAGCUGUGUGGGCAGUAUGCAAUCAGCAAGUCUCAAAUGUGGAAACACCUCACCACAGAACAUGGUGUCUUCUAUGAUGAUACUGCAGAGUCUCUUGUGAUGUCAUGCUUGGAGCAAGUCAAAGGUGCAGCAGCAGCAGCAACAGUAGGAGUUAUAGGAAAAGCAACCAUGGCAGCAGCAGCAGGAGGUGCAUCAACUGUAAUUGAAUCACCUUUGCACAAUGUUGUGCAAAAGAGACGUCGAGGCCGCCCACCCAAGAAACCUCCAGCUGCAGAAGGUGCCUGCACCCCAUCUGAUAUGCGCAACCCGUUGUCUGGAAAGGAGAAGCUAGAUGACAGCUGCCAAGACAACAGUGUUAAACUGUCCAGUAGUGUGAGUCCUGGCUCUGAGAAUCCUACCAGUGAGCCCCCUACAAAGCGAAGACGGGGCAGACCCACAAGAGCAGAGGCGUUAGCCAAACGGCAGGCACAGGCAGAGCAGGAUCGACCUGUAAAACCUCCACCAUUGUCUGAAGAUAAGGAGCUCCCAGCAGAGGUGCGACGCAUGGGCGACAAGCUGCAAUGCAUCAGGUGCACGAAGUCGUUCGCUCGGCUGCGGCAGGUGCAUGGCCAUCGCUGCAUCAAGCGUGAGAGCGACUUUAUCGAAUACUUUCCAGAGCGGGCCAAUGCAAUUGCACAGUUGGAGGCAGACGAUGAUGACAAGGAAGAUGAACCAGCUCCAACUGCUGAGUUGAAUGCUGAAGAUAAUAGUGAUGAACUGUCAGCAAAUGAUGAUGAUUACAGACCGCCCAGUCAUGUCAAAGUCGUAUACUCCAGGCGUGGAACCCCUAUAGCAACACGUGUUGCCCCGGUCGACCCCACCUCUAUCGAUGCCGAUUCUAAACCAUUUCCUCUCACAGAAACUGGAAGCAGUGGUGGUGACGCUGACACUAUUUGGUCAAAUACUUGGAAAACCAUCGUGGAGAGUGGAGAGGAGACCUCACUUCUGGAUGAGAGUGAGCAUGGACAGGGCGAAGAUAGUGCGGAUGACGAUGGACAAGUGAAGAUGAUCUUGCAGGAAGAUACAGGAAUGUGGGUUGUCGUAGACAUGACAGGUGAGGGGGUGCCUCUUGAAGAGAAAGUUGGAGAAGUGGAGAAGGAAGCUGCUGUAGAGGAUGCUCCAACAGAGACACCAACUGUAGAUACUGACACUGUAGCUACUGAGGAAGCUCUAGAAGGGCAGCAGCUCCUGCAGGAAGAAGUUGUUGCACCUGAUAAUCGACCAUCUAGCACUACACCUGUAGCUACAGCUGUACAACCCAAAAGCGAAAAGGAGGAGCCUCUUCCUGUUUUUAGUACGGAGGCGGAGAGGUUAGAAUUCGAAGAACAUCUCCAGAAGACCAUCGACUACACAGAGGUCGACAAACUCUAUGAGCCGUACAAGUUUCAGCAAACGGUAGACAGUGACCUGUUCAAAAAUGAAGAGAUGAAGAAAUAUAGGGAUCUCUUUGUCUACAAUUGCCGUGUUUGUAAGAAAGUGUUUAACAGUGUGAAGAACGUCCGACUGCACUGUUUCACUCACACGCAGUUUAAACCAUUCACGUGUUCACAGGAGCAGUGCGAUUACGCGAGCAAUCGCAAAAGUAGCGUGCUUGCUCACAUGCGUAAACACACAGGCAAUCUCUUUACAUGCAAACUCUGUGAAUUCAAGUCCCUGUCACGUUUGUCUCUUGAGGCUCACGUUCAGAAACAUGCAGAACCGUGCCUGAGUAAAUGUAAGUUAUGCAACGAUGACAGUUCAUACAGCUCAAAGGAAUUGCUCCGAGACCACGUUUUAAAGCACCAUGUGACUACAAACGAUGGGAGGAGAUACCUGCAAAUCUUAGACAAUAAGCCAAAGUUGAGUCCCUACGCGCGCAAGCGGCGAAAGGGCAAGCACAAAAUUCACGUACACCAGUGCGACAUUUGUCUCUUUCGCUGUAAGAGUAAAAGUGAUUUGACACGCCACCUGGCAGUGCACAAGAUUCGCAGCGUCAACUCGAUGCUGUGUGAGCUGUGCGACUUUGUCAGCGCGCGUGCUGAGUACCUUCUGAAGCACUAUAAGACGCACCGCAUCCUUUACCUGUGCAGUGUGUGCAACACGAAGAUCCUCAGCGCGACGAGCCUACUGGCUCACCUGCGCGAGCAUGCUACCGACGAUCAGGAGGAGCUGAACUCUCUCUACGUGAACAGCAUCAACAGCAGCAUCUAUCUUCCGGAGCCCGACGGUAGCAUCGCGACGUUUCAGUGCGGCGCGGGCGGGAAGGUCGUCGGGCUGGACAGCAGCGGCGUCCUCGACGCGCUGCGCACCGAUCACGCUGAUGAGGAGCUGAACCACCCGCUGCUGCAGAAGGACAGCAUCUACAGCAUCUGCAAGUACCGGCCGCUGACCGUCGAGGUGUUCAACAAAAUCCAGGAGACGUUCGGCGCGAUCGAGUGCAUGUACUGCGGCCGCCGCUUCCACCGGCAGGGCGACUACACCGAGCACGUGAACGUGCACACGCGCGAGAAAGUGUACGAGUGCGAGCACGACGGCUGCGCGUUCCAGGCGCUCUCGAAGGACAACAUGCGGCGGCACGUCGAGAAGGUGCACGAGAAGAAGCAGUACGUGUGCGAGCUGUGCGCGCACGUCUCCAACAGCCGCAUGAAGGCGUGGCACCACAAGCAGGACGCGCACGCGGGCAUCAUCGACGUGACGUGCCCCGGCUGCAGCGUGCGCUUCACGAAGGCGCGCAAGCUGCGCGGCCACAUCGCGCGCGUGCACCCAAACAUGGACCGCGACAUCGUGCUGCAGCUCACCGGCCAGCAGCUGAAGAUCCACGGCAAGCUCGGCCGCCGCUCGUUCAAGUGCAAGUACUGCAAGAAGGUGUUCGUGAACGCGCGCGACCUCGAGAAGCACACGUGGAUACACGAGGGCCUGCGGCCGUACAAGUGCGACAAGUGCAGCUACACGUGCCGCAGCGCGAACAACCUGAAAGUGCACCAGCUGAAGCACUCGAAGGAGAAGACGCAGCUUUGCGAGGAGUGCGGCAAGAAGUACAAGUCGGUGACGGCGCUCAACUGGCACAUCCGCUCGCACGAGCUCGGCCGCAUCUUCAAGUGCGACAAGUGCGAUUACACGGCCGUGCAGAAGAGUCACCUGAAGCGUCACAUGGAGACGCACAGCGGCGUGCGGCGCUACCGAUGCAGCGAGUGCGACUACACAACGAACACGGUGGCCUCGAUGAAGGUGCACUACAGCCGCAUUCACAAGGGUCUCUCUUACAACACGCCGAUUCUCAACCAGGCCGAGCUGCCGCCUGACCAGAAGGUGUACAAGUGCAGCAGCUGCGACUUCCUCUUCUGCAAUCUGCCGGACCUCAAGCGGCACCUGAACUCGCGCCACCACGGCCCGUGGCUGCCGAAUCUCUCCGAGCUGCACCUGCAGGAGAUCACGACGCCGGACGGCACGACGACUCUCGUGCAGGUCGUCGAGAUCCAGUCGUCGGCCGACGGAGCGGCAACGGUGGCGCCCUCUGAGAUGGACGAGACGACGUCGUCUGCUGCGACGAUCUUGCAGCAGAUCAUCGAGCAGAGUAACAGCCACCAGGUGGAGCUGCAUCCCGUCGUCGACGAGAACAUGGAGAGUCUCGUCGUCAACGCGGACGGCGCUGACACAAUCAUCCUGCAGGAGUCCGAGGAGGUGGUCAUCGGCGAGGACUUCGGUCAGUACAUCAUCCAGUACGUGACCGAGGAUGGCACCGUGUUGCACACGGAGGUCCCCGCCUCCGAGGUUCCCCAGUAAGCUGUCGGUGGUCAUCGCCUGUGCUACACCGUAAGACCUGACACAAUACCAAUCACACGACCAGUCGUCGGGUGACACACAACAUGAGUUGUGCAAGAAUGACAAAAUUGGUGCAUGUGCUAUAUAUAUAUAUAUAUAUA